AUGGCCAAUGCAAGCAGUUCAGGUGGUGGUUAUCGACAAGGUGAUGGAGCACAAGAAGAGAAUCUCUUCCGACGAUCGGACUAUGUAAGAAGUCUCGAUGUUGGUCUUGACCAAUAUGUCGACGAUUCAUCUGAACGAUCGAAUUGUACGUCGACAUGCGAUCUCGAUUCUUCAUUCGAUUCGCGCAACAUGUAUCCGAUGGAUGUAUAUGGUGCUAUUUAUACAUCAGGCUUAACUUUUUUUCGUCGAGCAGAAGACGAAGGCUAUGCUUUUAUGGAAGAGCCAUUGACAGGAGUCUGUUCAUUGGCUAUGGCUGCAUAUCGAGAUCCGAAAUUAGAUGAAAACAUGUUGGCACCGAAAUUUGCUGUUGGAACACGAAAGAAAAUAGAAAAUAUUUUUUCGAUUGGCUAUCAUCACAAACAUGAUUCUCUUGUUUUAUCAGCUCUCGGUUGCGGUGCCUUCAGAAAUCCGCCCGAACAUGUUGCGAAAAUCUUUCGCUCAGUUAUUGAACAAUAUGCAGGAUUUUUUGAAUUGAUUAUUUUUGCUAUUAUUGAUGAUCAUAAUACAGGACAAGCUUUGAAUAAGAAAGGCAAUUUUCAACCAUUUUAUGAGGAGUUAAAUGAUAAAAUACUGAAACCAUACCCACUGACCAAUCAAGCAAAUACAAUAUUCGGUCCUUAUCGUUUUUCAUUAGACAGUGUAACUGUACACGAUAUUUCGAUAUGCGAUUUAGUGCCAUGUAAUUUUGGAGCCAAAUGUAACCAAAUGUAUGAUUCGCAACAUGCUGCUGAUUAUUCUCAUCCAUCUGUGUGUAUUCAACAGUCAUUACAUGGGUCGUGCGCACAAACAGAUGAUGUUGUUCACAUGUCAUCAUUUAUUCAUUCGAAACCAUGUACACACGGUGCGAAAUGCUCAGAUAUUGACAACAAGGAACAUGCCCGAAUAUUCGAACAUCCGUCGUUUUGUCCAAGCGGAGGCACCUGUCAAGAUACAAGUGAUACUCAUGAGAAAGAAUAUCGACAUUUGCCAUUAUGCACACAUGGUCACAGAUGUCUGAAUUUUAAAAAAGGUAGUCAAGCUCAUUGUAAUUCAUUUCGUCAUUAUAUGCCUGCUUGUCAACAUGGGCAAUAUUGUGUUGGUUUUCAUAAUAAAGAUCAUAUGAGUAACUACAAACACUCAUUUCCUACUCCAUGUCCUUGGACUCCAUAUAAUUGUCGACUCCACAAUGAAUUGACACAAACCUCGAAUAUUGGAAAGGUGUCACAAGUUACUCAUCAACACUGUGUUGAUUAUGCUCAUGUAUGUCCGUUUGGUCGCAAUUGUAAUAAUCCAAAUUCAUGGCAUCGGGAAAAAUUGAUUCACGUUGCUCGUAUGCCAUGUAAGUUUGGCGAUGGAUGCAAUAGACUCAAUCAAGAAGAUCAUCUGAAUUCAUUUACGCAUCCAAAAAUUCGCGAUAUACGUAUUGCAUGUAAACAUGCUGACAAAUGUCAUGAAAGACAAGAUCGAAAUCAUAUAUCGAAAUAUCGUCAUUCAAUGACGUUUAAAGAUAGUGGAGUGGUUGGAUACUUUAAUUUAAAUAAAGAUUUAGAUUUUGUACAAAAUCAAAAUAGCAAUAUCCAACGCGUUUUAGAUUACGCUGAGAAGAAAAACUGGAAACAGUUCACUCUGAAGUCUAUUCCAACAGAGAUCAUCGAUUGGCUAGAGACUGUUCAACCUGUUCAUCGUUGUAAGCUGGAAAUAUUCGAGUCGAUCAUUCUUCACGGUCAUGUUAUGAGUCUUGAUUACAUGGAUAAUUUAAGCAAACCAAAAUUCGUCGCGAAUUCAAUACUUCAGCAUAGUCAAAUUCGACGAAUCGAACGUUUAAAAAUAUCACAAUGUGCAGACAAUGCCAGGGAAUAUAUAACUGCCUUAGUUAGUGAUAUUUAUGAGAAAGCCGGAUUUUUAAAAAGAUAUGCGGGUGAUGUUACUGAAUCGUUUACAACACACGCUGACGAUAAUGCCCGUUUGGCGGACCGUGCCAAAUUGAUCAAACAAAAAGAACGUGCGCUCUCAGCUCAACUUAAAAACCAGGAAGAUAUGGAAACGAUUCGUGUAAAAACAAAAGAAAUAGCUGAGGGUUCCAUUAAAUUAAAUUCGAACAAGUCUGGCAUCGGUUAUUCCGUCGAUAAAAAGUUGGGAACCAACAAAGCUGUUUUUAGUAUAUUGGGCCCUCAUACGGGUCACCACUAUGGAGAUGUGGUUCUCAUUUUCAAACGUGAAAUUCUUCAUCAUCCUGAUGCAAACUUUUCCCUUCAAGCAGCGACCUCAUAUUUCAGUGGAAAUUGUUACGAAUGGCGUCCAUGGUUUGGUACUGCUCCAAAUCCGAAAGUGGAGUCGACACAGAUUGACUUAUUUCACAAAACUAAAUUGCAUCCUUCUGUACCUGGAUAUGAAUAUGCGACCGCUCUCGAACUGAUCGCCAUAACAAGUCACAAGAUGAACAAAACACCAGCAGAAAUCGAUCUUGAUAAAGUUAUUCAACGAUGGCUCACUGUUGAUUCUCAUGAAGUUAUCGAAGCUCACCUGCCUCCACUCAUUCCAUUAGAUUAUAUUGAACAGAUUUAUAUGCCACAAAGUAUAUACAAGGCACUUAGCGAAAAUACUCAUAAUAUAGUCGAUGAUCUGUUCAAAGGUUGUCUUACACUCUCAGAUAAAGAAUCUAAAGAUUAUAACAAAUUUGUUGUCGAACAACUCAAUAAACGAUUUCGUCCAGGUGAUCCUCAUUCAGUGUCUCGACCCACACAUGGUGCUAUCUUGACAAUACCGUCAACGAACUUCAAUGAUCAUUAUGUUUUACCUUUGACCAUUUCGCAAGCGGAAGAACAAUAUCGUCACGGUCAUCCACACAUUACAAGAGAAAGUACGAUUUACAUCUACUGGCAGCUGAUGAAUGGGGACAUGAUGCUAACACUAUCUGCUAAACCUAUUGAUGCAGACGAAACCAAUGCAAAGAAUUCCUGUUUAAUUUGUUAUGUUGCUCCAAAGCCAUCGUUUGACGCAUCAGAUGACGUAGAAUAUCACGAACAAACAUCAUAUUUGAAUAGCGGUCAACCUUAUGAACAUUCAGUGUUUGUUAGUGAAAAAAAAUUCGCAGGAAAAUCCAAUGAAUUCUAUAUGGGAUGUAAUACCGAUGAUCUUAUGACUCUCUGUCUGGAAAUUCAACGUGCAACCGGAGUAGUCAAUCUUUCUCACGCUGGCCCUAAUGCCAUCUACAAUCAUCAAAAGAUUUCCUGGAAAUUUUCCAAAACAGAACUCGAUACAGAGAAGUUAGAAUUUAUUCAUGUUAGCGCCGGAAAUGGAACUGUACCCAUUCGAAAUUUGAUCAUUACAUUCGAGAAACAAGAAGAUUUAUACCCAACAUUGGAUCCAGAUUUCAUCAAGGGUACUUCGUACAUGACCGAAAAAACAUCACCGGAAACAAGAAUUGAUAGGACACAAAUGCAUCAUCCUACACAAGAUGAUCAAAGCGUAGCAUCAUAUGGCCUUGUCACUCAAUUUCUGAACAGAGUCAGUCAAAUAAAGGGUAUAGUAUUUGGUGCUGGUGACAGUUCAUCAUUGAAACCGUGUCCCGAGGGGAUUAAUUGUCUCAUUCAGUUCUCAGACAAUGCAAAAACACACAAUUCACAAUAUUCGCAUCCAUGUCGUUAUGCUGAGCUCUGUCGAAAUCCAGAACCUAAUCUAACGCAUCCUCGAGCACCUCGUGGACUUCCCCAUUGUUCUUCUGAUACAAAUUGCAAACAGCUUUGCGAUCCGAUGCAUCGGGCUCAUUUUUGUCACACCGAUUUACCGUUCUAUCUGAUUCCUUGCCGACGACAAAAAAGUUGUAACGACAAUUCAGAAGGUCAUCGAAAGAAAUACUCACAUAGCGAAGAAGGUUUAGAAGAAAUUGGCAAGGAGACAUUCGAGGGUAGAGUAGACUAUUUUUGUCUGAAAAUAUUUUUUCAUUUUCACUUUUCAUACAAAGUUGUAACUACUCAAUCGACGCAGCAUCGACAAAAAGCACAGAAACACACUAUUGUUCCCGCUACAAGUGUACCAUGUAAAUGGGGUUCAAGAUGUCGUGAUGCAGCAGAUGCAAAACAUUGUGAAAAAUACUCUCAUCCUCCUGAUACAGAGAAAAAUGAUAAUCGAAUUCCUUGCAAAUGGGGUAUCCAGUGUUAUGAUCAUAAAUCCGAUCACCGAACAAAAUAUUCCCAUUCAUCAGCUUGA